AUGGAUCGUGUGUGGAAGAAAGUUAAAGGUUGGAAAGAGAGAUUCUUAUCUAGAGCAGGUAAAGAGACACUAAUCAAAGUUGUGGCACAAGAAAUUCCUAACUACAUUCUUAGUUGUUAUAAAAUGCCGGUGGGAUGUUGCAAGGAUAUUAAUUCUAUGUUGGCCAAAUUUUGGUGGGGGUCGAAUGAGGAAAAAAGAAAGAUUCAUUGGAUGGGUUGGGAGAGACUCUCUAGAGCUAAAAAUGAUGGUGGCACUGGCAUGGGCUUCAGAGGUAUAGAAGAGAUCAACAAAGCCUUGCUUGGGAAGCACUGUUGGAGACUAGCUACCGGAGGAUCAUCUUUACUUGAGAAAAUUUUCAAAAGUCGAUACUACCCAAACAAUGAUUUCAUGUGUGCUAAUGAAGGGUAUCAACCUAGUUAUGCUUGGUGA